AUGUACAAGCUAGCAAUUUUGUUAUACGUGAUAGUCACUGGUAAUCGUUAUAGAUCUCUAGCAGAUCAUGUUCCUUCUAUGUGCUUAUUACAAGAUCCUCCAAAUCAAUGCGGAGAAUUCUGCCUUACCGCUUUAAAGCCUCUGAUCGAUCACAUUGCCAAUCACCAGGAGCUGUGGAAUUCCCGUGAUGCGGUCAUUUUGAAUGCAACACUGGAAAAUCUAGCCAAGAUAAAGGAUCAACUGAAAGCCGUACAAGAAACAUUGAAGGAUAUAAUCGCUGCGGACUUUAGAGAAAGACUUGGCCAUAUCGAAGAUCACCAAACAGCCUUAGGAAGUCAACUACAAGCUGUGCAGACUAAGAUGGAUGUCCAACAAACAGCUUUACUGGAAUCCCUUUCCAAAGUCAAUAAGAAAAGCAUACCGCCGAACUUUAAGCGGAUGGGCUCAAGAUUCUUUGACAUCGAAAGCAACGUAAAGCUGGAUUGGAGAAGUGCUGAAAACUCCUGUCGCCAUGUGGGUGGACAUCUCGCCAUCAUUCAAAGCGAUGAGGAAUUCGCGGCCAUCAAUGCCAACCUCAAUAGGAAUUAUAUCUACUGGCUGGGCUUCAACGAGCCGAACAACAGAAGUGAAUUUAUGUCCUUAGAUUCCGACCAACGAGCCCCUUUCUUGAAAUGGCAACCGGGUGAACCCAAAUACACAGAUAAUUCCAAUCAUUGCGUGGCCGUCUAUAAAGCCCAUAUGUGGGUGGAUCCUUGUAAUAAUAAAGCUUUCUUCAUUUGCCAGGCAGAUGAUGUUAUUUAG